AUGGCGACGACGAAGCGGCUGUACGUGUUCGCGACGUUCUGGCUGGCGUGCGCCGCCACGGCGCUGGUGGUGGCCGCCUUCUCCACAGGCGCCUGGCUCACGGCGGAGCUGCUGCCGCCGGACUCACAGUUCGGGCUGCAGGGAGACAUCAACUACGGCCUCUACACCGGCUCCUUCCGCAGGCGCGCCCAGGGCGACCUCGGCGGCACCACCGCCCAGUCCACCAUAUACAUCACGUGCGUGGUGGAGCAGAAUGCGUGUGCCUGGAGCUGCAAGGAGACGGAAGAGGAGCGCCAGGAGGAGAUACUGUGGCUGCUGGCCAACCGGUCCCUCAUCUCCAGUUGGUGCCCCACCAUCACUGAAAGGAGCCGCACCAUCAGAGCUACAGAAGAGGAUGCACCACGGCUAGAAGAAGAUGACUCUACAAAUACAACCACAUCUUCUUCAUCUACUAGUGACUUCCCUUUCAUCAACAUGGGCCUGUGGGUGAGCACGCAGCUCUUCUUGAGUAUCUCACUACUGCUGUCUGCUGCGUCUGCAGUGCUGGGACUCAUCAACACGACGGCCAACCCCACGCUGCCCGCCCUCGCCGUCUUGGGGCUCUUCUACUGGAACGCUGGUGCAGCUGUUGCUGAUCUUCUCAUCCUGAUUCUCUGGGGUGUUCAGUACGCAGUUACACUGGCAGACAAUGUAGCAUUUGCACAGGUCAUUGCUGGCCAAUAUUUAUCAGAUGGGCAUGCAGCACUUGGAUACUCCUAUUGGCUGGUGCUUGUGGCCAUGUUCAUAAGCAUUUCUAGCAUAGCUGUGUUGGGCUUCCGAGAGUACUUGCUACGCAUUGAGCCUCCACCUCCAACAAUUAAUCCAGAUGAUCAAAACACAGAUGGUGCUAUAUUUCUGUAUUAA